AGCGGCUUAUAAAAGGGGCCAGCAGUCCGGGUACUGCCGCAGUGCCUCCCGCCCCGUCCCGGCCCCGUGCUCCGGCCUCCGCCGGCGGGCCCCACACCUGCUCCGGCCAUGAUGAGCUUCGGCGGCGCGGAUGCGCUGCUGGGGUCCCCGUUCGCCUUGCUGCACGGGGGCGGAAGCUUGCAUUACUCGCUGUCCCGCAAGGGCGGCAUGGGCGGUCCGCGUUCAGUAGCCGGCUCCUCCAGCGGCUUCCACUCCUGGGCUCGGACCUCCGUGAGCUCCGUGUCGGCCUCCCCGAGCCGCUUCCGCGGCGCAGGUGCUGCAUCGAGCACUGACUCGCUGGACACGCUGAGCAAUGGGCCGGAGGGCUGCGUGGUGGCGGCGGCGGCGGCGCGCAGCGAAAAGGAGCAGCUGCAGGUGCUGAAUGACCGCUUUGCGGGCUACAUUGACAAGGUGCGGCAGCUCGAGGCGCACAACCGCAGCCUGGAGGGUGAGGCGGCGGCGCUGCGGCAGCAGCAGGCAGGCCGCGCCGCCAUGGGCGAGCUGUACGAGCGCGAGGUGCGCGAGAUGCGCGGUGCUGUGCUGCGCCUGGGCGCGGCGCGCGGCCAACUGCGUCUGGAGCAGGAGCACCUGCUCGAGGACAUCGCGCACGUGCGCCAGCGCCUCGACGACGAGGCCCGGCAGCGCGAAGAGGCCGAGGCGGCGGCCCGCGCGCUCUGCCGCUUCGCUCAGGAGGCCGAGGCGGCGCGGGUCGAGCUGCAGAAGAAAGCGCAGGCGCUGCAGGAGGAGUGCGGGUACCUGCGCCGCCACCACCAGGAGGAGGUGGGCGAGCUGCUCGGCCAGAUCCAGAGCUGCGGCGCCGCGCAGACACAGGCCGAGACGCGAGAUGCCCUCAAGUGCGACAUAACGUCGGCCCUGCGUGAGAUCCGCGCUCAGCUUGAAGGCCACGCGGUGCAGAGCACGCUGCAGUCCGAGGAGUGGUUCCGAGUGAGGCUGGACCGGCUGUCGGAGGCGGCCAAGGUCAACAACGAUGCCAUGCGCUCGGCGCAGGAGGAGAUCACUGAGUACCGGCGUCAGCUGCAGGCCAGGACCACAGAGCUGGAGGCGCUCAAGGGUACCAAGGACUCGCUGGAGAGGCAGCGCUCGGAGCUGGAGGACCGUCACCAGGCCGACCUCGCCUCCUACCAGGAGGCCAUUCAGCAGCUGGACAACGAGCUGAGGAACACCAAGUGGGAGAUGGCGGCCCAGCUCCGGGAGUACCAAGACCUUCUCAACGUCAAGAUGGCGCUGGACAUUGAGAUCGCUGCUUACCGAAAGCUCCUGGAGGGUGAAGAGUGUCGGAUUGGCUUUGGCCCAAGCCCUUUCUCCCUUCCAGAAGGACUCCCCAAAAUCCCUCCCACGUCCACUCACAUAAAGGUGAAGAGUGAAGAGAAGGUCAAGGUGGUAGAAAUGUCGGAGGAGACUGUGAUUGUGGAAGAACAGACAGAAGAGACCCAAGUCACUGAAGAAGUGACAGAAGAAGAGGAGAAAGAGGCUAAGGAGGAGGAGGGUGAAGAGGAAGGAGGAGAAGAGGAGGAAGAAGGGGAAGAAGAGGAAGCCAAGUCUCCCACAGCAGAAGGGGCUGCGUCCCCAGAAAAGGAGGCCAAGUCUCCUGUGAAGGAAGAGACAAAGUCACCAGCUGAGGCAAAGUCACCUGCUGAGGUCAAGUCCCCAGAAAAGGAGGCCAAGUCUCCUGUGAAGGAAGAGGCAAAGUCACCAGCUGAGGCCAAGUCACCUGCUGAGGUCAAGUCCCCUGAGAAGGCCAAGUCCCCAGUCAAGGAGGAGGUCAAGUCCCCUGAGAAGGUCAAGUCCCCAUUGAAGGAGGAGGCCAAGUCACCUGCUGAGGUCAAGUCCCCAGAGAAAGCCAAGUCUCCUGUGAAGGAAGAGGCAAAGUCACCAGCUGAGGUCAAGUCCCCAGUGGAGGUCAAGUCCCCUGAGAAGGCCAAGUCCCCAGUGAAGGAGGAAGCCAAGUCACCUGCUGAGGCCAAGUCCCCAUUGAAGGAGGAGGCCAAGUCACCUGCUGAGGCCAAGUCUCCUGAGAAGGCCAAGUCCCCAGUGAAGGAGGAAGCCAAGUCACCUGAGAAGGCCAAGUCCCCAUUGAAGGAGGAGGCCAAGUCACCUGCUGAGGCCAAGUCCCCUGAGAAGGCCAAGUCCCCAGUGAAGGAGGAAGCCAAGUCACCUGAGAAGGCCAAGUCCCCAUUGAAGGAGGAGGCCAAGUCACCUGCUGAGGCCAAGUCUCCUGAGAAGGCCAAGUCCCCAGUGAAGGAGGAAGCCAAGUCCCCUGAGAAGGUCAAGUCCCCAGUCAAGGAGGAGGUCAAGUCCCCUGAGAAGGCCAAGUCCCCAGUCAAGGAGGAGGUCAAGUCCCCUGAGAAGGCCAAGUCCCCAGUCAAGGAGGAAGCCAAGUCACCUGAGAAGGCCAAGUCCCCAGUGAAGGAGGAAGCCAAGUCCCCUGAGAAGGCCAAGACUCUUGAUGUGAAGUCUCCAGAAGCCAAAACUCCAGGGAAGGAUGAAGCCAGGUCCCCUGCAGACAUCAAGUCCCCUGGCAAGUCCAGGAGUCCCAUCAAGGAGGAGGCCAAAUCCCCAGGAAAGGAGACGCCAAAGAAGGAAGAGGUGAAGUCCCCUGUGAAGGAGGAAGUGAAAGCCAAAGAACCCCCAAAGAAGAGAGAGGAGGAGAAGACUCCAGCCCCAGUGAAGACGGAGGAGAAGGCUGCCAAGAAAGAGGAGGCACCCAAGGAGGCCCCAAAGCCCGCAGUUGAGGAGACGAAGGAAGCUGCUGUGGAAAAACCCAAGGAGUCCAAGGCUGAAGCCAAAAAGGAAGAAGUUCGAGAGGAGAAGAAAGCAACAACCCCCGAGAAGGAGGCCCCUUCCAAGGUGCAAGCGAAGGAAGAGGCUAAACCCAAAGAGAAGACUGAAGUGGCCAAGAAGGAGCCAGAGGACGCUAAGGCCAAAGAACCCAGCAAACCCAUUGAGAAGGAGCCGGCCAAGCCAAAGAAGGAGGAAGUGCUGGCAGUACCAGAGAAGAAGGAUGCCAAGGGGGAGGCCCAGAAGACUGAGGAGAAACCCAAAGCAGAGGCCAAGGCCAAGGAGGAUGACAAAGCCCUCUCCAAAGAGCCCAGCAAGGACGCCCCUGCCCCCAGCAAACCCAAGACAGAGAAGGCCGAGAAGUCUUCUAGCACAGACCAGAAAGACAGUAGGCCUCCGGAGAAGGUCGUGGAGGACAAGGCCGCCAAGGGGGAGAAGUAAGUCCCAGAAGGGAAGUCCCAGAGCAGCCAAAGACUUUGGG